AUGGUGUCUUCCCUCCCACCCCGCUACGUGCUUCGCAAUCGGUUCCCCCGCUUGAAUCGGAAUCUGCGUCACCGCCGUGAUCCCACCCCCAGUAGCUGCGGCAGACUACUCCCCAAUUUCACUUCUACCACUGCUGCACCUCUCUCUACUUCUCGUAGUUACUGGAGUGCUGGCGGCCUGAGAGAUUCGUCUUCCUUUACCUCCUUUUCAGUGGUCUCCCUACCGACAUCAAUCUAUUCGUCAAAGAUCAAGGGCCUCUCGAUCAGUACACCAGCUCGCCCACACCUAAUUCCUCUCCUCAGUCCACCUCCUACUUAUUCUCCUACUCGUGCUCUUGCAACCAUGGCUCAGGAAUACAAGCUCAAGGGUCUUUCAUCCCUGGCAGAUGUCUCCUCCUCAGACAAGAUCGAAUGCGAAGUCGAGGGCAUCUCUGAAGGCAAGGUCUUGGUCGUCAAGCAUGAUGGCCAGGCUCACGCCAUGAGCCCGCGCUGUACGCACUACGGAGCACCACUGAAAAAUGGUGUGGUGGCUCCAGAUGGCCGGAUUACGUGUCCAUGGCAUGGAGCUUGCUUCAACAUCAAAACCGGUGACGUUGAGGAUGCGCCAGCCCUUGAUGCCUUGAAGAAGUUUGAUAUCUUCGAGCGCGGUGGUGCUGUGUACAUUCGUGGUACCGAGGCCGACAUUAAGGGCGGAAAGCGAAACCCCGUCGGCAAGUGCUCGGUAUCGAAUGCAGAGGAGAAGGUGGUGGUUGUCGGAGGUGGGAGCGGUACUUUGGGACUCGUUCAAUCCCUCCGUGAGCUCAAGUAUCCCGGUAGCAUCACCAUCAUCUCCAAGGAGCCCGAGGUUGGCAUUGACCGCACCAAGCUCUCCAAGGCUCUAAUUGCGGAUCCUGAGAAGAUCAUGUGGCGCCCUCGCGAGUGGUUCAAGGAGGCCGGCAUCGAAGUUGUCAACGACGAGGUCACCUCCGUCGACUUCUCGGGCAAAUCCGUCAAGACCGCGUCCGGCUCCACAGUCUCCUACACCAACCUGGUCCUCGCGACAGGUGGUCAGCCUCGCUCACUACCCCUCCCUGGGUUCCGCGACAACGAGCUCUCUAACGUGUUUACCCUGCGCUUUGUCUCUGAUGUGAAGGCUAUCCUGGCCGCCGCUGAGGGUUCCAAGAAGAAUAUCGUCAUCAUUGGCUCCUCGUUCAUCGGCAUGGAGGUCGGCAACGCGCUGAGCAAGGACCACAAUGUGACCAUCGUGGGCAUGGAGUCCGCCCCUAUGGAGCGUGUUCUGGGUGCCAAGAUUGGUUCCGCCAUCCAGAAGAACAUCGAGAAGAGCGGCGUCAACUUCAAGCUGUCCGCGGGCGUCGAAAAGGCUACCCCCUCUGAGUCCAACCAGUCCUCCGUGGGUGCGGUCCACUUGAAGGACGGUACCGUUCUCCCAGCCGACCUCGUCGUUCUGGGUGUGGGUGUGCGUCCCGCGACCGACUACCUGCAGAACAACUCUGCCGUGACGCUGCAGAAGGAUGGCUCCAUCGAAACUGACGACCACUUUACCAUCCCUGGUCUGGAGAAGGUCUUUGCCAUUGGUGACAUUGCCACUUACCCUUACCACGGUCCUGGCGGCGAGGGCAAGCCCGUCCGCAUUGAGCACUGGAACGUCGCGCAGAACAUGGGUCGGGGAGUGGCUCGGGCUAUUGUCCACGCCCGUCGCUCCCCACUGUCCUCGCUGCCUCCUAAGCCCUUCAUCCCCGUCUUCUGGUCUGCUCUCGGGGCACAGCUGCGUUACUGUGGCAACACCGUGAACGGAUAUGAUGAUAUUGUCAUCAAGGGUCAACCCGAAGAGGCCAAGUUCGCGGCCUACUACACCAAGGAUGAUACGGUCGUCGCAGUCGCGACCAUGGGUAUGGACCCGGUGAUGGUCAAGUGUGCCGAGCUGAUGCGCCGAGGCCACAUGCCCGGGAAGAAGGCCAUUGUGGACGAUGUGGACAUUUUGACCCUGGACGUAUGA